AUGAACCUCAACAUCUUCAAGAAGAAAACUUCGCCUAAAGGAAUUGAACGCGAGAUUGCAUCUUUGCAAAUGGAGGAGAGGAAAUUAGUAGCAGAGAUCAAGAAAACAGCGAAAACAGGAAAUGAGGCUGCCACUAAAAUCUUAGCUCGUCAACUAGUUCGGCUCCGACAGCAAAUAACAAAUUUGCAGGGUAGUCGAGCUCAGAUCAGAGGUGUGGCUACUCAUACACAGGCCCUAUAUGCAACCACGUCCAUUUCGACCGGUAUGAAAGGUGCUACCAAAGCUAUGACUGCUAUGAACAAGAUCGAGAUGAUGUCUGAUGCAAUUGAUGAGACACUAGACAAGGAUGAGGCUGAAGAAGAAACUGAAGAUCUCACUAAUCAGGUGCUUGAUGAGAUUGGUGUUGACAUAGCAUCGCAGUUAUCUUCAGCUCCGAAAGGAAGGAUUGCAUCAAAAAAAGUUGAAAAUGCUGCGCCUAGUGCUGCUAAUGUAUCUACUGAUGUUGAGGAGCUGGAGAAAAGGCUGGCCUCUUUGAGACGAAUAUGAACUUCAUAAUCAUGGCCAAUUUCAUGUAUUAUAUUAGCUCUACUCAUAAAUAUGAUGUUUUUUAACAUAUAACUAAUAGAUUAAUUAGUUACUUGAAAAGGUUUUUAUUUUUCUUAUUUUUUUCAACUAUUUUGGUCCUUGGGACUUGGGAGUUAGAUGUAUGAGAAUGCAGAUGAUGAUUGAAUUCUAUAUUUUUUUUUCAUUGAAUGCUUACAUUGUUUAAAUCAUUGUAAUAAUUUUAAAAUUG